AUGUCUAUAGAUGUUGCUCUACAAUCCGUUGCAUUCUAUGUAUUAUCCUGCGCUACGUGCGCCAAGAUUAGCCAUAGAAGGAAAGCCAAAGAACAAGCCAAACGAGAACGAGUCGAAAAACAUGCUUUGGAAACCGAACAACCGGGCCUGUAUAGGCAUCCUUCCCCAUUCUCGACGAAUCCAUAUUGGACCGAAGAAAUCAUGAUGGGGCCCGGUCCACCGAAUAAAAAAGGAAAUAAGAAGGAUAAGAAUGGAAGUCAGAGAGGGCUGAAUACAGCGGGUCAAGGGAGUAGUUAUGCGAGUAGUGCGGGGAUGAGCACGGAUACAGGUAGCAGUCCUACAGUUGUUGAAGAAGGAUCUCGAAUAUCGGGAGAGGGAUGGAAUAGGAAACGAUAUCAACGAGAGGAUGAGCAACUUUGGGGCAGGGAAACUUAUGGACCGGGUCAUAGAAUUAUGGAUGCAAUUACAAGGGCUUCGGAAUCCGCGGGGAGGAUGUUCAAUAUGGAUGGGAGACCUAGUAGUAGACAUGGAUCGGAUGGAAAUCCAGAGUCGUAUUAUAUUGCGAGGAACCCACCAGUGAACGAUUUACAUCCACCAAUUGUGAGUACGGCACCAAGGAGUAGAGAAGAAACAAGAUGGAUGAUACAACCACCUCCUUCGGCGAAGGUAAUGGAGGGUAAGGAGAGAGUAGUCAGUACUAGUAGGAAUCGAGCCGGUAGUCAUGGAAGUAGUCGAAGAGGUACAGAGGGCCAACCAUUAGGACGAAUCGUUACGGAAAAACUUAUCGAUGCCAAAGUCCAACGUGGAGAAACUCCUUCCAAAUUGGAGAUCCGUUCUUUUACAAACAGAGGACAACAACACGAUCGAAACAGAAGUUCAUCGACAGAUUCUUGCAGCUCCUCAGAUGGAUACACGAGACGAUCCAGAAAACCAUCUCCAAUUACAGUUCCCAAAGCUGGAACUAGUAAACCCCGCGGGAAAGCAGAGCAUAUCCCCAUACGCGACUCAGAAGUGGCAACAGAAAUGCGGGAAACGAAUGCGAAUGGGAGACCGCUUUUAGCGACCAUUGUUAGCUCGUCAAAUGUGGCUCCUCAGUUACGUGAGAGUCAAAGUAAGGAUUUACCUUUGAGAGAAUUAUCGGGAUCGACUACUGGAAAUGGAAAUGGAAAUGGAAAUGGAAAUUCGAAUGGGAAUGCUUGGAUGAAUGCAAGAGAGUAUAGGGCUGCAGCUGCUAGUGAACCACUUCCGGAUACGAAGAGAGAGGUGGCUAUGACAAUGAAUGAGGGAAAAUCGUCAAAGCCGGAACAUGUGGAGGGAUGUCCUAGACAUGGUGAUUUACAGACAUAA